UGUAGCUUCCCGCCGUGCUUCUCGGGAGCGGAGUUCUUCCUCUUCACUCACCGAGCGGCGGCCGCCCAGAAAUGGCUACAGCGGGUGUAAGCCUGCCGGGCCAGAGCGGAGACGGCGGCUCUCUCCCCACCGUCUUCAUAUACGACUGCCGCUCAGAGCAGUCUGCGCGUGAGAAGAGCCUGGUGGUGCGCGGGAACUUCGCGGAGCUCCGUCAGGACGUGUGUCAGGAAUUUGGGAUCAAUACAAAUGAAAAGUUUGUCAUUUCAACAACAAACAGAACGGAAGUAACAGCCACAAACUUUAAUCUGAUUAUAAAAGGUGACAUCAUUACUCUUUACCUUCUCAAUGCAAUUGACCAAUUACUUCCAUCAUCAACGAAAGAAAGAAUCAGUUUCUUACCUCAUUAUGAUACCUUGGUCAAAAGUGGAAUGUACGAGUAUUAUGCUAGUGAAGGACAAAACCCAUUGCCUUUCGCUCUGGCAGAGUUAAUAGACAAUUCACUUUCAGCAACAUCACAAAAUUCAGACAGUCGAAACAUUCAGAUACGCCUGCUUUUUGAUGAAACUCAAGGAAAGCCUGCUGUUGCUGUCAUAGAUAAUGGAAAAGGAAUGACUUCAACACAACUUAAAAACUGGGCAGUGUAUCGUUUGUCAAAGUUUACAAGGGGAACUGGAAAUUACAGUGAUGAAGAAAGUUAUGUCCGUCCUCCUCCAGUUAUGCGCAGCCUGAACAGCGACAUUUCCUACUUUGGAGUGGGGGGAAAACAAGCUGUUUUCUUUAUUGGUCAGUCCACUCGCAUUAUAACCAAGACAUCAAAUUCACAAGAUGUUCAUGAAUUUUUGCUUUCCAAAGAAGAUUUUGAGAAGAAAGAAAAAAAUAAGGAAUCUAUAUACAGUGGCUUUAUUAGAAACAGAAAGCCAGCUGAUUUCUCUCAUUUACAAGAAGAUGAACGCUAUCUUCGUAAUCUCAUCAUGGAAGAAAACACUAAAGAUAGCUUCACAGCCAUUAUCAUUACUGGUAUUCAGCCUGACCAUAUACAGUACCUGAAGAAUUUUCUUAAUAUGUGGGCCAGGCAAUUGUCGCACAUCUACCAUUAUUACAUACAUGGUCCUAGAGGAAAUGUUGUGAAUAAUCCCAAAGGCAAAUUUAACAGCCGCAUAGACUUGAAGAUCUACGUGUUUGAAAAAGGAAAAUCACCUAAGACUAUUGACUUAAGAGAUGUCUGUGAUGACAUGCAGACACUGUAUAUUAACAGUGCUUCUGAUAGCUUUGAGUUUAAGGCUCAAGUUGAAGGAGAUGGUAUAGUAGAAGGGAUCGUAAGAUAUCAUCCUUUCUUAUAUGACAAAGAAACCUAUCCAGAAGACCCUUACUUUUCCACAAAAAAUGAGGAUGAUGAAUUUGAUGAUGACUGUAUACCAGUGGAGAAGGAAGCUCGAGGGAAAAGAGCAAUCUUUGAAUGUUUUUGGAAUGGAAGACUUAUUCCAUAUACCACAAUUCAUGAUUUUGACUGGUGCGCUGUCCCUAAAAAAAGAGGAGUUGUUCCAUUUGAAUGCUAUGGCAGGAUAUCUGGAGUGUUAUUUACAAAUGACAAGUUUGAAGUGAGCACAAAUAAACUGACUUUCUUAGAUUUGGGAUUAAAACUACAAGACAAAAAUACACUUUUUACAAGAAUAUCAAACGGACAGGAGCAGAGAGUAAAAAUUGACCGAGAAUUUGCAGUAUGGUUAAAAAACUGCCAUGAAAAAUAUGACAAACAAAUAAAGUUUUCUGGCUUUAAAGGUAUCAUUACUCGUCAGGACAUUUCUUCAAAACGCAUGCAAACACCUUGGGCAGAAUAUAAGUCCAUAGAAUGGGAUGGAAUGACCUACAAAGUUGGACAGCUGGUAAAAACUGUCAAAACUCAGCCAAUAAUGUAUGGAAGUAUUUUAAAGUUUCUCCUUUAUGGAAACCAUGAUGGGGAUGUUUAUGCUACAGGAGGGGAAGUUCUUAUUGCUUUGGAACCAAAAGAGGUACAUGAUGAAACAAAAAGUGUGCCUAUUUCAAAACUUGAUCGUAAUACAAAUUUGACUGUUAUCAAGAAGUAUAUGGACGAUGAAAUGGCAAGAUUUCCUGACACUCUGCUAGUGACAUGGCCGGAUGGAGAUGCAUUGGAGGAGAAUGAGGAGAGGUUUGCUGGAACAACUAUAGGAGCAAUACGAGUUGAGAUUUUUAAUAAGAAGGGGGAAGCUGUGCAAAAGCUUCCAGGUACGAGUCAUGGAGCUACAAAGAAACUUUUGGUGGAGCUGAAGGUUCUGUUGCUUUCACCAAGUGGCGAGAAAGAAGUAAUUUCUCAUUUAAGUCAGCAUGGUGGAAAGUGGCCCUACUGGUUUAAAAAAAUGGAGAACAUCACAAAGCUUGGUGUGUAUACCCUGAAACUACAAGUUGUUUUAAAUGAAAGCAAUGCUGACAAGUAUGCAGGGAAAGCUCUUCCAUGUAAAAAGAUCAUGUUUAAAAUUGUGGAGGGUAAACCGUUUAAAUUUGUAUUGGGUACUGUGGAUUCUACAGUUCAAGUUGGAAUUCCAUUCAAUAUCCCCUUAAACCUGCAGGAUGAAUUUGGCCACUCAACAUUGCCCACACCAGAUCUCAAACCAGUUUUGGAAGCUAGUGCUAUUAUUCUGGAUUAUGAAGAACUGAGCAAAAUACCUCCUUUGUUAAUAAAAGGAGUGACUGCCAGAGGUCGAGUGAACAACUGCCAGGGCAAGAAUGUCAUGGUGAAAGUUACUAUCCCUGGCUUGAAAGAAGAUACUCAGACUGUGAAAUUGAAGGUGUUUCCAGGACCACCUACGCUCCUGAAUGUGACUCCAAGUACUGAUAUUCUUAUUAUUGAAAAUGGAACAGCUGUUACCUUUCAGGUUGAAGUGUUAGAUAAAGAAGGAAAUGUAACAUGUCAGCCAAAGCUGAUUGUGCAGUGUAAGUUUACAGGAGCUCCAAACCUCCCAACCUACAUGCUGGAUUGCAGCAAUACAGGAAGUGGUGUUUUGACUGGGCCCUCUAUCAAAGUUAAAAAUGUAAAAAAGUUUCAGUUACUGAAAGCCAAAAUUGAAGUAUCUAGUUGCAAAGACAUAAAAACAGUGGAAAAAACUAUUAAACUUCAGCCGAGUAGCACUAUUACAAAACUUCAUAUUCUAAGUGUUGAUGGUGAAAAAGCAAUUCAAAUUAAACACAAGGAUGAGAUCAAGUGGCUUGUAGGUGAUUCCAUGCAGAAUCUGAUUUUUCAAAUGUUCGAUGAAGGAGAUAGAGAAAUUCUCAUCACACCUGCAAUUGCUGAAAAAAUAAAGGUGAAUUGGACACCAAAUGUUUCUAAGGAGAAGUUAGUAAAAGGACUUUUACCUGAUGUCGAGGUGUCAAAUUCAGUUACUGAUGUUCGGUACUGCCAGGUUACCUAUCACGAUGAUAAUGUUUCAUUGGAGAGUGCUUUUACAGUCAAGCCUCUUCCUGAUGAACCAAAAUAUUUGAAAUGCAAGUUAAAUGGACCUAAUGUUGUCCAAAUGGGAGAAGAGCUGAAGGGUGAAGUUGAAUUGAUAUUGACAGACCAGUUCAGUAAUCGGAUCCAAACGUUAUCACCCAUAUGUCUCGAUUCUCUAGGUAUUUCUGGAACUAAUCUUGAUAAAAGUAAUGUAAAGAUGACUUUUCAGGAAAAUACGCAGUCUAUUCUUAUCAAAGGGAUAAAAUUUUUCAAUGGACCUCUAGAGGACAAGGAGCUUUGCUUCGCAUGGAGAUCUUUUUCAACUUAUUUGCGACUGAGUUUGGUUGCCGGACCUCCCGCUAAUGUUGCCCUAGUAGAUUGGCCAGAGGUAAAUUGUGUUACAGUUGUCUGUGGUAAAAAGACACAAAAGCCUCUGAUUGUUCAGCUUUGUGAUGAAUGGGGAAACCAGGCUUUGGAGCCAAAUGUUAAAAUCACAUUAGUGAAGGACAACCUGCUCAAGAUAACUGGGCAAUCUCAACAGAUAAAAACAGACAAAGAAGGCCGUGUGAAUAUGGGACUACUUGCGUUUUCUGCACCAAAGGGGGUUUAUUCCUUGCACUGUAAAGCAUCACAUCACAAAAGUACCUUGGAAAGUCGACCAGUGAAAGUUAAAGUAAUGGCAGACCCUGAGAAACCAGUCUCUGUUUCCGUUAAAUAUGAUAAAGGCGUAGAUUUUACAGCUGGAAGUGUUUUUCCUGACUUUGUGGUAAGUGUUCUGCCUGAAGAUGGAGAUGCAAUUAAAAAUCUUACUCCAACUAACUGCUCCAUGAAAAUGUGGAAGGCUCAAACAACAGGGACGAAACCUUCACCCACUGCAACUGUUUUGAAUUGCAAUAAACCUAGAGAUGGAGACAAGGAUGGCUGCUUCUACUUCAGGGACAAAAUGAUACCGGAGCGUGUUGACAAGUAUUGCAUCCAGUUUAUGUAUAUGACUGAGAAGUCUAAUGUAUUAUACAGUGAACAGUUCUUAAUAGAUGUUCUACCAAACACACCUGUGAAGUUAGUGCCACAGCCUCAACCUGCUACCCCUACAGUAUCAAACGUAAAGGCAAAGGAAGGGCGCACUCUGGUCAAGAAUUUGUGGCUCAAAACUGUGGAUCAGCACAACAAUGUGGCAGGUGCCAAUUUAACUGGUAAAGUCAUUGCCAAGAUAUUGUGUUCUGAAGAGGCUGAGAAAGAGACACCACUGUUUGAAUCCAAUACUGACACCAUAGAUUUUCCAUUUAAUAAUGGAUCUGCUGACAUUCUUUGGCUUGUUCUUGCUGAAAACAGCCCUGGGAGAGACAGCACUGAAUAUCAAGUUCAGUUCUCUCUCGACUUACAUCCAGUAGCACCAGUACCAGAGGACAUUUCACCGUUUUAUCUUCCUUUUAUGUUUUACAAUGAUUUCAAAAAACAACAGGAGAUGGCACAGCUUACUAAGGAAAAGGACCAGCUGACAGAGUCUGUAAAGGCUUAUAGAUGCCUGUUUGAUGCAACAAAUAUACUUAUCAGGGAAAUCAAGAGUCAGGCAACUGAAGCCAAAGAGAAAGAAGUUUUCUUAAAAAAUGAGCUGCAGAAAAAAAAGAUUGACUUAACAAUAAUAAAGCAGAUGGACCACAUCUUCAAACUUAUAAACCAGAAGAAAACACAAAUGCAAGAUUUGCAGAAUCAGCCAAGGAGAAAAUGUUUCCUUUCCCCUGUUCCAAAAGGCAGUGAUAUUAUCGGAAAGAUUGCCCACUUAGCAUAUGUAGAAGAUGAUGAAGCAGCAAAAGUAAUCUCAUGGCAUUUAGCUAGUGAUAUGGAUUGUGUGGUUACACAAACCACAGAUGCAGCUCGUCGUAUCUACAAUGAGACAAAGGGCCACCAACAGGUUCUUCCAAUGGACUCAAUAUAUCAGAAGAAUCUGCCAGUCUGGGGAAGGCCUUUACCACACAUGGUUAAUGGAAAAAACCACUUUAAUGCAACAGGAAAUCCGGUGUUCGCUAGAGAUCUCUUGGUAUUCUCCGACAACAAAGAAGAGUGUCAGAAAGUUUUUGGGAUGCUUUUAGGAGAUGCAAUACUAUUGGAUAAUCUAGAAGCUGCAAAUGAAUACAGAAAACAACUAGUUAAAUUUUCGUAUUGUCCAACAUUAUUGACAAGAGGAGGAGACCGAAUACGGAGCAAUGGAAAGUUUGGGGGCUUACAAAAUAGGGCCCCUCCUCUAGACUCACUCAAAGGAAUGGUUUUUGGAGCACCAUUACCCAAACAAUAUGAAACACUUUGUAUAGAAAUUGAUUUGUUACAACAGUAUUGUACAACAGUAAAAAGAUCGCAGAAUGUAGAUAAAGAGCUUAAGAAGCAGAUUGAACAUCUUAACUCAUCAGAUAUGCAACAGAAGAAAAAGGAGUUGGAUGAGCAGGAGAUACUCCUAAAGAAUAUUGAGAGAAGUCUGGGUGAGUAG